AAACAACUAGACGUGCAUUAUAUUAAUAGAGCAGGCGCACGCCUUUCAAACUUUGAGUUUCUCUCGUUUGAACGCGCGAAUUACAGUCGCAAGUCGAUUGCUACCAGUACAACACGGGUUCUUUAGUAAACGACGCGCAGAAGUGACUUAAGACCGGCUAGAAAGCGACAAGUCAAUACGACCGAGUACGUCUGUUAUGACCUGAAAUCUUCGCCGUGCUUCUUUCACCUUUCUUUUGGACGAUGGCGACAACUUAUGAGUAUCGCGGCAGACAGGAGAGCAUGGAAAGCAUGAGAUCUUCCUCACCAAGUCAUCUUUGUUUCCCUGAUAGGGAAUACGAUAUUGAUGAUUUUUCUAUUCUGAAGACGAUUGGAACUGGCACGUUUGGCAGAGUCCUCUUAUGUCGAAACAAACUGACCGACGGUUUUGGUGCCAUGAAAAUAUUAUGUUUAUCUGAUGUCAUCAGACUGAAGCAGGUGGAACAUGUGAAAAACGAGAAGCACAUACUAGAGGAAAUCAAGCAUCCUUUCAUCGUUAACAUGUUAUGGUGUGACAGGGACGACAUCUGUAUAUACAUGCUAUUUGAAUAUGUUUGUGGCGGGGAACUAUUCUCUUAUCUAAGAAACGCUGGUCGUUUUGGAGUAAACACGUCAAUAUUUUAUAGUUCCGAGAUAAUUCUAGCUUUAGAGUAUUUACAUAGUAAAAGUAUAGUAUAUAGGGACUUGAAACCAGAAAAUUUACUAUUAGAUAGGGAAGGCCACUUGAAGAUUACUGACUUUGGUUUCGCGAAAAAGUUGACAGAUCGGACAUGGACACUCUGUGGGACACCUGAGUACUUGGCACCAGAGAUAAUUCAGAGCAAGGGACACAAUAAGGCAGUUGAUUGGUGGGCAUUAGGCGUUCUAAUAUACGAGAUGCUAGCCGGCUAUCCUCCAUUUUAUGACGACAACCCCUUCGGUAUAUAUGAAAAAAUACUGGGAGGACGUAUAGAAUGGCCGAAGCAUUUGGAUCCUGUGGCCAAGGAUCUCAUAAAAAAACUCUUGGUGCAAGAUAGAACGAAGAGGUUGGGAAGUAUGAAGAGUGGAGCUGAUGAUAUAAAAAGACACAGAUGGUACAAGGGACUAAACUGGCACGAAGUCCUCAAUAGAAAAUUAGAGCCUCCGAUUCUGCCAAAAGUCUCAUCAGAUGGCGACACCAGUAAUUUUGAUGAUUAUCCUGAAGGGGAUUGGAAAUCGGCAAGAGCCCUUGAAGACGGCGAACUAAAACAGUUCGAGGAUUUCUGAGAGAGUAAUAAUGGGAUACUUAUUUCUGUUGUCUUGGCAACUAAGCUCAACAGAUGAUUUUUCUGGAGGGUGCUUCAGAUUCUUCCACAAUUUAGAUACUAAGUGUUGAGAGCCAUACAAGUGCCUUAAGGAUAUUUUGACAGGAAUGGCGAUUAGUUCGUUUAACAUAAUUCGAAGCUUUCAAGAGUUUGUAUUGUAUAUUAACAUUUCGAAGUCUUAAAAUACUGUGAUAUAAUAAUAAUGGAUGUAGAGAUUUGUUGUUAGUUAGGAAUCGUUUUUCAUGGUUGUGUUGAAGGAGUAGAUGGCUAAUGCGUAUAAGAUGUAUAAUGAUUUAGAACUAAUGAUAUGUAGAAUUGAUGUUGUCCUCCAAACUGCCAAAUGAAUGUUUGUAUAUUAGGUAUUGUUCUUUUGUAAAGAAUUUUUUUAUAUAAUAAACUACAAUAAGGAAAAA